GGACUACUGUACGCAAGUAGAGCAGUGAUUGGACCAGGACUCUGCCAGUCAAUGAACAAAUCCCCUCUGACUUCCUCUCCUCCUUUCCUGAUGCAGCAUGAGCUGAGAGGGAGGGGAGUUGAUCUGUCUUCACAGCCUGCCUCAGCUCAGCUCGCCACCUGCCCUUGAGUUACUGUGAAUAGACAAGACCUAGAGGAAGUCGUUCUGUAGUCUGGCUCUUGUAAACCAUAUUUCUGCUGUGUUUUUAUCCCUGGGCUGUUUAGAUUUUCCCCCCUCUCUGCUCUGGGGGUGGAGUGGAGCGUUUGUCCCUGGCUGGCAGAGCUCCGAUGGGAGGCAGCGCUGCCUCUGUCUGGGACUGGGGAUGCUGAACGGGGGAAGGGAGGGCCUGUUUCAACUGGGACAGCAGCUCCAACAACAGGGGGAGUACCAGGCCGCCCUCCACUGCUUCCUUAGCUCUCUGCUGGGGUUAAGGCACGUGCAGAGCUUCACUUCGCUGCCCAACUGCCUUCACCAGAUUGCUGAACUCUUCAUCUCUGAAAAUAAUUACGGCAAGGCCCUGCAGUUCAUUCAGGCUGAGAAGAUGUUCUACGAGGUUUCUCUAAUUGAGCUCACUGCUGUUCAGGGGAGCACAGGCCCCCAGAAGGAGGCUUUGCUGGGCUCGUCUGGGACAGGAUGGGCAUCCCCAGAGGAGCUAUCGGAUCAGGCCUCCCAGGCACAGCAUUUUGAGCGGCUGGCCCAGCUUUGCAUCAUGAGUAAAAGGUACGUAGAGUUAACAAGAAUAACGCAAAUGUCCUCUCUUGCAAUAAUGGCAGUGCUGUUUAGUAUUGUUGGUCUUCCUCUCAUUAAAUGAGACAACUUUGCUGUUU